AGGCAGCUUUGCACCCAGCUGGCCCUGAAUGCCCUACGCUCAUUGCAGCAGGAGUCCUCGAGGGAUUUCUCCUUGGCAUGUGCCGCCUAUGCGAGUCUGGAAGAGGUUUAUGGCAUGGACAUGUCGGACAUUGACCUAAUGGUUCACUUUCAGGAGGAGCCACUGCUGCUGAUCCCAUCCAUGGCCGAGGCAAAGCCAAAAGUCUUGAAGAAGAAGAACUGGCGACGAAGUGUGGAUUGCAUGUGGUAUGACGUUCCGCGUGCUGAUGAAGUUGGCUGCGCCUCACUGGAGGGCCUUCUGCCGGGUCAUCUGGAGGAUUUCUGCAUCGAAGUCCUUGGUGUUCCAGCCCUACAAGCGGAUGAGGUGGCGGCAAGAUUGGACAUCCUGCGACGUACGCAGUCACAAAUCGACGAAAGGA